GGAAGGAAGUCGCACCCCCAAGCGGAAACACGUAACACACACGUGACUCAGUGGGCUCCAAAUUUGAAAACGUGGCUGGAGAUUCCCCGCAGAAAACAAACCGAGGCGGGGGGACGAGCAUUAGUCCAGCUGUGUGCAGAGGUUAGCUAACAGCUGCUUGGUGAACAGGUGUAGUGGACCAGCACACGCAGACAGGAGGAGGAUCAUGCAGUGCACUCCUGAAUCCAACAUCUACCUGGAGAGCUGCAAAGGCCAGCACUGUAAUGGCGACUGCUCCGACAGUGGAUACUCGGGUGUGUUCCACAGUCCACAGAGCAUCUGCGGGGUGGACUCCUGUCGCUCUUUGUCUCCAGUAGAGUUCUGUGAAACGCCGAAAGAGAACAUCUGGCUCUCUGUCACGCCCAAGGAGAGGACCAGGGAACCGGUUGAAUACUUGGGCAAAGACCCCUGGGGUGUCCAGCGGCCACCAGCAGUCAGCUGGUGUGAAACUCCUAAAGUGUACAAAAGGGAUGCCCCGAUGCGACAAAGACUUCUCAUGUGCAAAACCGCCACAGAUGUCAAAACCGACCAUGCAAGAUCACCGUGCAGCAGAAGGACCUCCAUCAGUGCCGGGUCUGAGCACUGGCUCAGUGCAUCGUUUGACUCUCUCGACACUUUAAAGUUGGAGCAGGACCUGUUGCUGUCUGGGAGGAAACGCAGACUCCUCUUCACGCAGGUGAGGACCUCGACUCUCGAAGACGGCAAACUCAACUCCGAUUACCUUUCCAGUUUCGAGAGAAGAGCGUCCCUGUUGGAUGCAGAUUUCAGUGAGAGCCUUUCUGCCUCUGAUCAAAUUGAUAUUGGGACUCCGUGCUUUAUCAAAUCCCUGCCUGCUCCAACUCAGGAAACGCCUCAAUCACCAGUCAGCGGUGUCACAAAUACCCGAUAUGACGGCUCUAGUGUCUUAUCCACGCCGUCAUCCUCACGCACACCAAAAUAUAUCAGAUCUUUGUGUGAAGACAGUGGUUUCAGUUCCUUGACCCUUGAUAAAUCCCAAGACUCCUCCGUGGACAAUGACGGCUCAUUCCUGGAGCUGCUCCUUUCGGCCUCCAAAGGAAACUCUGAAACCCCAAAUCUGGCAGAGGCAAGGCGGCGCUCCCGUUUACUGCGCCAACAUCGGCUUUCUACACUUAAAGAGGGGGGCUCUCAGUCUGAGGAAGACCUAGCAGAGAGGAAGCACGGACAUCUUCAUCAAAGCCACAGCCUUUCUACAGAUGAUGAGGUUUUUGCUCACCGGGCCACCCCUUCUGCUAAAUGUACUAAUGGCAUGACAUCUGAUAGUUUGGCUGCUGCAAGACAAGACGAUGCCACCCCACUAACAGCAACUCCAGCCAGGCCAGAAAGCACAACGUCCCUUAACGCGACUCCUCUCAGGACAACCCCCAUCAAUCUCUCUCUGACUCCAGCUCUGCAGCUGAUUCAUGCCAUGUGCCAACUGAAAGCCCACAUGUUUGUUGGCCAAAGUCCAAGCCUAAAGGAGCAGCUGAAGUCCACCGUCGCGCUGGUUCAGACCCCGGUGGCGUUCAGGACCACCAUGCCGCUGGCAGGGCUGAUCGGCAGAAAGAUGGGCCUGAGGAAGGUGGACAUACUCACAGAGCUGAAGAAGAGGAACCUCAGGCACAUCCUGUCUGUCAUCCUCAGCCACCUGACCUCUGAGAGCAUCUACAUGUGUGGUGAAGUGUGCACGAGUUGGAAGGAAAUCCUCCAACAAGACAAGCGAGCUAGUUUAAAGAGAAGGAACUACGUGAGUGAAGUGGAGGCUGCUCUUAAGCUCGCUGGUGACGACAAUGUCAACGAAGCAGAGACCAGACUCGCUCUGCUCAAGAGGUCCGCCCUGAAGAAGGUUCAGGCCCAGUCUAGAACGUCCAGCUUCUGCACCCCUAAGUCAGGAAAUUGCACUUUAACCCCAUCACAGCACCGCACCUUGAGUUCAGGCAGCCGCAGCAAACGAGAUGAAUUCCUAGAAGUUGCCCAAACCCUCUUCAACGAUGAGUGCCUCAAGCCGUGCCCUCGAUGUCGGCAUCCCGCGAGGUGUCACUCGGUGAAACAAGAGGGCGUGUGCAGCAGAGCCGAGUGUGAGUUCCAGUUCUGCACGGCCUGCAUGUGUGCGUUCCACGGCUCCAGAGAGUGUGGCAGCCAGUCGGUGGGCCGACGCAAGAAGGACACACUUCUGCCAGGAAGCGCACAAAGCAAGCGAAACGUUAGGCGGCUAUGAGCAGCAAGCCAACUGUAUUCCUGUUUGUUCUGCCGAGGACACUUACAUUUUUGAAUGCCUAAAGGUGAUCACGCAACGUGAUAUGUAGCCAGUACAUGAGAGCAACUUCUGUACUUAUCUGUGUGUCUUUGUGCCUGUUUUGUACUGUAUUUACUGUAUUUUUUUCUCAACACGUCUUGUGUUUUUAAUUAUGAAUGUGAAGGAAGUCUCACCAGCAGAACAAUGACUGAAUUUUGCUGCUGUUGUAUUUUUUUUUUCUAGCCACAUUAAUCAACUGUACACUCUUUUCUGGAAUUACUUUGGGAUUUUUAGCUUUUACUAAUGUGUUUUCAGAACCGUUUUAAAAUAAAUGAUUUUA